UCACUCACUCCACAUUCUCACACCCACCACUGCCUCUGUUACGACCUUCACCAUCGCACCACUACUGCCAACCUCGGUAUCAUCCACUCUCGAUAGCCGAUCCAUAGGUCUUAUCCGCAAUUACAUGCGGCAGCAACCAAAAGAGACGUCCUCUAGCAAAUGAACGAGCCCUCAACUGUCGUCCGUACCAACCCCGAUACUGACGCACACAUGGGUGUUCUCCUAGCUGAGGGGGCGCAUUCGCCAGUACGCAGCACAGGCGGAUCAGGUUCAGGUUCAGGUUCAGGUUCAGGCUCAGGCUCAGGCUCAGGAUCAGGAGUAGAAGCAGGAUCAGGAUCAAGAGCAGGUGCAGAAGCAGGAACAGGAGCAGGAACAGGAACAGGAAAAGGAGGAUUGCAGGCAAUUGCACAGGGAGUAGCUUUGAGCAACAUUACUGCAGAGAGUAAUGAAGAUUUGAUGUUUAUGGCCGGUGAGAACGUGCUGUUGCUGCAGCGUUUAGGUGAUGGGCUUUGCAUGGUUACAAUCAGAACUGAGCAACCCUGGACCAUUUUACCAUUGAAUGGGGUGAAUGGUUCCUGGGUGCAGUGCUCUCCUGGCGGUGAUUGUAGUCGUAGUGGUGCUCUUAUGGUGCUCAGAUCCGAUCUAGGUGCCUUCCCCCGCCCUGGACCCUAUCGCCAUGAAUUAUAUAUAUUUACGAUCUAGAACAGAGGUCGGGAAGGAAAAGAGGCGGGCAGGUGGUGUAGGAUCAUGCUGUCGGGCAUCCACGAGAAAGGGGAUGCAGGCGUAAUUUACCAGCAUGACCUUCGCGAUAGACACUCAUUCUUAUUUUUAUUUUUGGACUUUUUGAACUCGAUAGGGGUAUUGUGAGGGCGUUGUGGGGCGAUUUAAAGAGGCGGAUGUUGAUUUCACUGCAG